AUGGAGACGGUUGAGCAGCUCGUUUCGUUUAACCAUAUCCAAGUCCAGCUGAAGGGGGGCUCGCCCUGGGGGUUCACGCUGAAAGGAGGUCUCGAACACGGAGAACCGCUCAUCAUCACUAAAAUAGAAGAUGAUGGAAAGGCAGAACAGUGUAACAAGCUGAGGGUGGGAGAUGAGCUGGUAAACAUUAAUGGAUCAGCCCUGUAUGGUUCACGACAAGAGGCCCUCAUCCUCAUCAAGGGAUCCUAUAGGAUACUGAAGAUCACCGUACGCAGGUAGGAACUGACAGACCAAGUGGAUCGUCACUAA